AUGGGUUUGGAAGAGAUAACAUUAAGUGAACGUUUCUUGGAAUGGUUCCUCUUCAGAUUCCGAUGGAUUUUCGUGUUGUUUUUUGUGCUUCCGGCUAGUUUAGCUUACGAUGGAUACUACCUGGUCCGUAACUACUUGAUAUUUAAAUUGAAUUCAGCUCCUAAAGCUCAUGAUCGCAAAGUUGCGGUUAUUCAAAGACAGGUGAGUGUUAUGGGUAAUAUCUACAAUUUAUAGGGGAUGUUGAUUGGCGGUAAAAAAGAUACAUGUUAACAUGGGUAGCUUUUUUUAUUAUUUAGUUCUCAUUCUUUGGUAUUAUAAUAUCUUCUUUUAUAGAUACGUGAAUGGAACGAAGGCGGAAGAAAGAAAAAGUUAUGCACGGCACGAUCUGGAUUCCUCACGAUGAGCUUCCGAUUCCCAAAAUACAAAAAGGGAAUGCUGGGAAUCAAAACUGAUCAACUGGUCGAUAUUUUGGAGGUAUUUCAUAUACUUUUACUAAUUUUUCAUUAAUUAUCUUUACAGAUUGACACCGAAAACCGUACCGUACGUGUAGAACCCAUGGUCAAUAUGGGACAGCUGACCCGUUUCCUGAUUCCUCUUGGCUACACUCUUCCCAUCGUGCCGGAACUUGAUGAUCUUACAGUAGGCGGUAUGAUUAAUGGUUGCGGAGUAGAAUCGAGUGGUCGGAAAUACGGUCUAUUCCAACAUAUUUGUAUUCAAUUCGAAGUUGUCACAGCUACAGGAGAGGUUGUAGUAGCCAGAAAGGACGGAUCGGAUCAUCAGAGUCUGUUUUAUGGGAUUCCAUGGAGUCACGGCACGUUGGGAUUCUUGGUAGCGGCUACCAUUAAGAUUAUUCCUUGUAAACCAUACGUGAAGUUACAGUAUCGACCGAUCCGGGGAGCUACGGUAAGUUGUUUUGUGUUGUUUUUUUGGAUUGAGCUUUUGAUAUGAUGAUUAAAGUAUUGUUUUGGAUAUCCACACUAAAAGUGAUGACAUUCACUUUUUAUUUUGUUAUAAUUUUCAAAUUUUAAACCUUUGUUUUACCUUUUAGGAGAUAACCAACACGCUCCGUGAUUGCUCCACAACUCCAUCCAACGAGUUCGUCGAAGGUAUCAUGUAUGACAAAGAGUGGGCUGUCAUUAUGACCGGUCAAUUUGCGGAAGAACCGCCAAAGAACGGGAUUCGAAAUGACAUUGGCAAAUGGUACAAACCGUGGUUCUUCAAGCAUGUUGAGAAUAUUUUGAAGGACAAUAAGGUAAGCCAUGUUGUUUUUCAAUAAUUACUGUACUUUUGGCAAAAGUGGAAAGUUUUGAAAAAAUAUUGAUAUGAAUGACUCACGUUAAGAUGUUUUGAUGACUAAUAUCAUUUCUUAUAAUUUGUGGUAUUUUAAGGAUGUUACCGAAUACAUUCCACUGAGAGACUACUAUCACCGACAUUCUCGAAGUAUUUUCUGGGAGCUGAGAGUAAGUUAUUUACUGCUGGCAGAGAAUUACCAUAGUUUUUUCACUUUAUUUAUGGCAUCCUUUGUAAUUUAAGUGCAUGUUCUCUAUUUUUUAUUAAUAAUCACUUUUCCUACUAUACAUUGUUCUUGCCCUUAUACACUAGAUAAUGUUAAAAUUUUAGGAUUUGAUCCCAUUUGGCAACAAUGUCAUCUACCGCUACCUCCUGGGCUGGGCAUUACCUCCAAAAGUUGCUCUUCUCAAACUCACCACCCCAGCCCCAAUCAAAAGACUAUACGACAGACAUCAUGUCAUUCAAGACCUUCUGGUACCUCUGUCAACUCUCGAAGACUCAAUUAACUUGAUCGAUCAGGAAGUUGGAACUUAUCCUUUGUGGAUUUGCCCAUUCAACCUCCCUUCCAUGCCUGGCCUUCUGAGGAAUCGUACUGGAGCCAACGUACUCUUCGUAGACAUUGGAAUCUACGGUAAUGCUGAGAGGGAGCAGUACCAAGCAGCAAAGAGUACCAGAAAGCUGGAAAAGUUUGUGAGAGAAGCUAAAGGAGCACAGUUACUGUAUGCCGAUACCUACAUGACUACGGCCGAGUUCUGGGAAAUGUUUGACAACACGCUAUACGAUUGGCUACGAGUAACGUACGAUUGUCUGGAUGCUUUUCCAAAUGUGUACCAGAAGGUAUGCAAGGAGGCACGAGAAUAG